GAAGCGCAUUCGCUGCUGGCCAUUAGGACGCCAAAAGGACAAGAGGGGAUUUGUUGUUGGGAUGUCUUUCUUCUUCCAAUAAGAAGUCUCUUCUUGUUCCAAACGGAGACGCAGGUGUAGCCUCUUUACCCCGCCUCUCCAGCUUACUACUGCCUAUCCCAGUUUCCCAUGCGCCGCACCAAAAGAGGAUUUUACGCGCCGGAUUGGGAAGAAUAGCAUGAUGGUAAAUGAGAUGUGGCACGUCUCUUUUGUGCGCCGUCUGCUACCGCCGCUGUGAAUGAGAUGCCGGGUCUGCACCCAGCACAGAUGACCUGAAGGCGGUUGCAACUACAGCACUUGAUCCAUAAAGAGAAGACUUAUUGAAAACCAUGGCUGACCAGUACAGUAUGUUUCUCACCACGGCACCCCCCCUCCGACGUGGAAGCACACCCGUGCCUCUCAAACACCAGCUGCGGAGGGAAGAGGCCGUGUCUGAGGACUGUGACUGGAUCCCGGGCAUAGAGGAGCCAGCCACGUUGCCCAUCAGUGACACAGUGGUGCAUCGGGAUGAGUCCUUCAACCAAUCAGCAGCCGCCCAGUCGGUUUACCAUAGCCACGGCGGGGCUUUGAGGAUAGUGCUACUGGGACAGACUGGCGUGGGCAAGUCGUCGCUUGCCUUAUCUCUGGCCGGGCAGUCGGACAGAUCCCUCUCUACAGACUCUGAGACACAAGCAUGUGGUGAGGGCUACGAGUGCUCAGUGACAGUCGACGACGAGGACAGCAAAGUCAUAUUCUUCGACAACUGGAAACAGGACCUGUCCACCCUACAGUGUGAUGUGUGUAUCCUGGUCUUCUCAGUGACUGACAGGCGAAGUUUCCACCGCACCGCCCAGCUCCGCCUCCUCCUCAGGGAGUCCCAGCCACACACUCCAAUCAUCCUGGUGGGCAACAAGAGCGACCUUGUGCGCUCCCGUGAAAUCAGCUCAGAGGAGGCCCAAUCCAGCGCCACGAUGUUCGACUCCCUUUACAUGGAGCUCUCAGCCUCCCUGGACCACGGUACCAAUGAGCUGUUGGAGGCCGCAGUUCGGACCGCAAGGGGCGAGUGCGUGGGCCCCGGCUGGACCGACGGCGACCCCGGGGCGGGCCGUAGAGAGAGCCUGACCAGCCGGGCCAAGCGCUUCCUGUCGGGGCUGGUACCACGCUCCUACGGUCGAGACCGGGACCGAGAUCGGGGGCGCUACCGGGAAAUGAGCCGCCACCGGGGCAGCAAGAUCCUCCGUCAGAAGUCUCGCUCCUGCCACGACCUCAGUGCACUGUGACUCACAUGCACACCCUAAGGCAAAGAGACACACUCCCAUACAUGUACACACAACAGAUUGAAGGGUAUUGGAGGAGGUGGAGGUGGAAAAGAGAGUAAAAUGGAGAAAGGAUCAGCAGGGACAAGAAUGAGAUGGAGACGAGUAUUAGUAGGAAAAAUAGAGGGGUGGAAGGAGAGAUAUUUAGCAAUGGCAAUGGAGGAGUCAAAGAAGGUGAAAAGGGAGAGAAAGUGGGAGAAAAAGUCAGAUAGAGCCGAAAUCAGCCUGGAUCGUAGCAAUGAACCUUUAUCUUCUCCCGAUCAGUGAAACGAAUUUCAAGAGGGAAAGAACUCCUUUUUGAGACAAAAACAGAGCUUGAUUUGCUGCUCCAGUUUCAGUGAAUCAGCGAGCAUUCAUUGUCUGAUGAGAGCAGGAGAGAAACAAUUAGUAACAGUGGAGAGAGUCACAUCAAGAUGCUGAUUGAACACUGUGGCGAAUUGGGAUGGAUGGGGGAGUCACAAAUAAACACACAAGUAGCACCCACUGAUUAUGUAGAGACUGAUAGCAAUCCAAUGUAUACCUAUUGUGAACCUUGUUUUAUAGCAUGCCGAGUAGACGAUCCAAGACAUGACCCUGUAGGUUUUACAGUACACAAUACUGAAUUUACUGAACCUCAGUGGUCAAUAGCUAAUGCACAAUCCAGCUAGUGUCUCUAGCAUUGCCAUCUCAAAGGCAAGACCCUUUAUUUAUAAAAACAAACAAAAAAAAACCUCCUUCUCUGCGCAUUUUUCUAGCCAUAAUCUUCACACUGCAUCCACCUUUUGUGUCCCGUACUGAUUUUGAAGUGUUUGAUAAUACCAAUGGCAUACGUUCCUCUGUGAUUUUUAUACAAGAAUAAAAACAUCAGCGGCCUAGCCAUAUUUCCGCUGAAUGCAUCAUGAGCGAUCAGCACAAAGAACCCUUUACCCAAGGAGGUGGGGCGAAAGAUAAAAAGGUCAAAGUGUCUAUAAGGAAUAAGACGUAAGCAGCGAUGACCAGACUGAACUUUCCUUCAAUAGACACUGAGUCAAAGAACGCUGGGAUGUUCUUGAAGCACAGGAGGACAAACAAGAGAAAACCUAAUCUACCUGUGGAUGUUUGAUGUUUUUCAUUUUUCUCUUUUUACCCACUGGCAUUAUUAUGUGUGUUGAGACUGAACUAUGUGGGGGCUGGCCACACAGGUGACCCAACAGAGAACGUUCUGGAAACGUUUGGAUAACGCGUUCAGCGCGGCAGCGUCACUGACACAUGCUCACCCGUUUGUCACAGUCUACUAGACACUCUCGUCUUUCUGAGAAUAAAUUUACUUUUGUUUGACAUCCUGAA